UGCGUCCCUGGUUUCCCCAGAACAGAGAGCUGCGCUCUUUUUCAGUCUGAAUGCAGUGAAAAGCGGUUUCCCCUUACUAUAUACAGCUCUCUGUCUCUCUCGGUGUGUCGUUCUCCCGAUAGCCCUUGCUGUUGCUGCUUUUUGUUUUUCAGAAGCGCUGGGAUUGUUUUGGAAUCGGCACAAAAAAGAAAAAAAAUGGGAGCAUUUUUGGACAAACCAAAGAUGGAGAAGCAUAAUGCUCAUGGAGCAGGAAAUAGUCUACACUAUGGGCUCAGCAGCAUGCAAGGCUGGAGAGUGGAGAUGGAGGAUGCACACACAGCUGUAAUCGGUAUGCCCAAUGGACUUGACCAGUGGUCAUUUUUUGCAGUAUAUGAUGGGCAUGCUGGAUCACAAGUUGCCAAAUACUGCUGUGAGCAUUUACUAGAACACAUCACAAGCAACCCCGAUUUCAAGGGUGCUGACCAUGAGCCUGCUGUGGAAAAUGUAAAGACUGGAAUUCGAACUGGCUUCCUGCAGAUAGAUGAACACAUGCGAGCCAUUUCGGAGAAGAAGCACGGAGUGGACAGAAGUGGCUCAACAGCUGUAGGUGUAAUGAUAUCCCCAAAACACAUCUACUUCAUUAACUGCGGUGACUCGAGAGGUUUGCUGAGUAGAAGUGGGAAGGUCCAUUUUUUUACACAAGAUCAUAAACCCAGCAAUCCACUUGAGAAAGAGCGCAUCCAGAAUGCAGGUGGCUCAGUAAUGAUUCAGCGUGUCAACGGGUCAUUGGCUGUAUCUAGAGCCCUGGGGGACUUUGAUUACAAAUGUGUACAUGGAAAGGGUCCAACAGAACAGCUUGUCUCACCAGAACCAGAGGUCUAUGAAAUUGAAAGGUCCGAACUUGAAGAUCAGUUUAUAGUCCUUGCUUGUGAUGGCAUCUGGGAUGUCAUGGCUAAUGAAGAGCUCUGUGACUUUGUUAGAUCAAGGCUUGAAGUCACUGAUGACCUUGAGAAAGUUUGCAAUGAGAUUGUUGACACUUGUCUAUACAAGGGAAGCCGGGACAACAUGAGUGUUGUACUGAUCUGUUUCCCUGGUGCACCCAAGGUAUCACCAGAAGCAGUGAAGAGAGAAGCGGAGCUGGAUAAGUACUUGGAGAGCAGAGUAGAAGAGAUCAUUAAGAAGCAGGGUGACGAAGGUGUGCCAGACUUAGUCCAUGUGAUGCGUACAUUAGCAACGGAGAGCAUCCCAAAUCUCCCGCCAGGGGGGGAACUGGCAAGCAAACGGAGUGUCAUUGAAGCAGUUUAUAACAGACUGAAUCCCUACAGGAGUGAUGAUACUGCACAGUGCCAUACAUCAUCAUCUCUCGACUUUAAUAAUUGUUAAACGGGACAUCUGUUAGUCUUUAGCUACAAACCAACUGCCAUCCCUUCAAAUGUUGUUAAUUAGUAGCUGCUUUGUCCAUGAGCUUACAGUUUUGACACCCUCAUGUAGUUAUCAAGCUUUCUUAACCCUUUUCAGUCUGGGAUAUCCAGAAAUUGCUGCACACGUGGACACUCCAGACUUUAAAGGGUUCUUCCUCCUUUUCUUUGUAAAGGACUGUGCAGCAACCGACGAUGCGUGGUAAAACUGCCUGCUUAUCAGCGUUUACAGACACCCGUGAACUGAGAGCACCGUUCAUCAGUCUUUCUUUACUGUCAAUCAUCAGCCUUUAUUUUAAGAAGGGAAUAUGUGAUGGGGAGGAAGAGAUACAAAAACAUCUACAGCAGCAAUCGGCCCAGGAACUGAAGAUUUGUUUUUCUCACAAACACACUUUUUUUUUUUUUUUUUUUUUUUUAAAUUCAAUAGAAUUCUUUACUGUAAUAAUUGGACUUCAGCAUUGUAUUGUAUGAUUUUAUUUUUUUGUAAUGUGCAAUUUAUUUUUACAAAAAUACCUGUAUUUAAUGGAGCUUGAGUUGGUUUAAGUAAAAAGUAUAAGCACUGUCUGCUUUUUUUCUGGUUUUCUGGGAUGCAACAAAUAUUUGUUCAGUGAAUAUUAUUGGUAGUCUAACUGGAGAUGUUAGCUUUUAAAGAAACGGGUAAAUUUAAAUGUAAGAGCAUGGCAGACCUUUGUAAAUCAAACUGGGAAACAAACAUUAUGACUCAUUUACAUCAUUCAGUGUUUUUAAAAAGUGUUUUCCAAAGUCAUUUUUCAGUGACUGCCCCCUCACCCUGCAGUUAAAUUAAAAGGAUUUUUCAUUUCA